AUGUGUAAAUGGGUACCUGGCAGCUACUGGGGUAAAAAUGAUUGCAGCACGGUCCUCGGGAAGGGCUGCAUUGAGGCUGAUAAGACGUCCCUGGCUGUGGACCAGUGUUUAAGUAACCCAUGUCAGAAUGGUGGCUCCUGUCAGUCUUCUCCAAGUGAAAACCCUCCUUUCUCCUGCGAUUGUUCAUCUGGGUAUACCGGCCAAUUCUGUGAAACAAAUCCGAUUACAAUAGCACCCGAUGGUCUCUGUUCUCCCGGCCAGUGCAUGAAUGGGGGAACUUGUGUUUCUGUAGUCGGUUUAUCCUACUGCGACUGUACCGUUGGAUUUGAGGGAGAAUAUUGUGAACAACCAAUCACAACAACAAACGCAUGUGCCUCUAUGCCUUGUUUGUAUGGUGGAAGUUGUAUUAUUGGAUUAGAUUCCUUUAUUAGCUGCAUGUGCCAGAGUGGGUUUACUGGAUCAAUGUGUGAAGAAGCAAUAAACGAAUGUACUUCGAACCCUUGUCUCAACGGAGGAACGUGUAUUGACGGACAAGCUUUAUUUAUCUGUUUGUGUUCAAAUGAGUAUAACGGAACUAGGUGUGAAGAGUUAGGGCAGAGCAACCCUCCUACCACAACUAAAUCACCAACCGUGGCAACUGAAAUGCCAUCAUCUAGGUCAACAACCCGCAUCAACGGUCCUUCUCCUCCUGAAAUAUCUGGAAUUACUUUAGGACAAAUAGCUGCCAUUUCAUCAGGUUUGGCAGUACUCAUACUAUUCACAGCAGUCGUUUGGAUAGCAGUAUGUAUUCGACUCCAAAAAGAAAGUGGCAAAAAGCCAGAGAGGCCACUGUCGAUGAUCUCCCAGCCACACAGCUUCAAAGACCCGCCAACGUUAGACCUAGAGAUGCAGGAAAUAAACCAAUCCAGGGGAAACGAAAUUCAUGUCCUAUCCUAA